AUGAAAAAAUUGCUACGGAGUUUAAUUGUGACAGAAGCACAGUAUCAAAAAUACUUAAACAAAAGCAAUGGUCUGAUAUAAAAGAAAUUUCGCCGAAUUCAAAUGCGCUUAAAAUAGUUGGCCCUAAAUUUCCUCAAGUUGAAAAAGCUCUUGAAAUGUGGGUUGGUACUGCUGAACAGCAACAGCUCACACUUACUGGUAAUGUAAUUCGUCAAAAGGCCCUUCAAUUUGCAAAAUUAUUAAAUGUUUCAGAGGAUGAAUUUAAGGCAUCUCAAGGAUGGCUUACACGAUUUAAAGUUAGAAUAGGUCUUCGAAAUCAUCAUAUUCAUGGAGAGGCAGGAAGUGCUCCCAUUGAUCUUCUUCCACAAUUUCGAGAGGAGCUUCAAAAUAUUUUGGAAGGUUAUGAACCACAUAAUAUUUUCAAUACUGAUAAAUGCGGUUUAUAUUACUAUAUAGAUCCUAGUUUUUCUCUUUCAUCAGUUGCACGAAAGGGUAAAAAAAAGGACAAAACAAGAAUUACUGUUCUGUGUACAGCUAAUAUGAGUGGAACAGAAAAAAUUACUCCCUUAGUAAUCAAUAAAUCUAAAAUGCCAAAUGCAUUUCGUGAAGCACGUAUUACUUCCUACAAUCAACUACCUGUUGAUUAUCAUUAUAAUGAAAAGGCAUGGAUGCUAAAAAGUGCGUGGGAUGAAAUAAGUAAGGAGACUAUUAUGAAUUGCUGGCGCCAUACCAGAAUAUUGCCCUCUAGGCAUCUCGCUGAAAUUUUUCCAGAAGUAGAGUUAGCAGCUAAUGAAGACUUAGCGAUUCAAGAAGUUCAUAUUUCUGAAAUUGUUACUGCACAAUGUGAGGCCCAAGAAAUAAUUAACCUAACUGAUAGCUCUAAUAUCCAACAACUUGCACAGGAUUAUCUUGAUAACAAUGAAUUUAUUGCUACUGAGGAGUUUAUUCGCCAACAAUCUCUGCAGCCUGAUAGCUUUAUCAAAGAAACUGAUGAAACUUUUUUUCGUGACUUUCUUUCACGAACCCAUAGAGCUUCUACAAGAUUGAUGAAACAAG